GCAGCAGGAGCAAGCAGAGGAAGCCAGAAAAUGGCAACAAAUGUUAGUCCGGACCUAGAUAACAAUGAUGAAAAGUGUAACCGUUAUAACCUGCUGGCCUGGCUUAACAGAUCACUACAAACCAAGUUCACUCAUAUGGAACAGAUAUGUUCAGGGGCAUGUUUUUGCCAGCUGAUGGAUUGGCUCUUUCCCGGGUCUGUUGACAUGACCAAAGUAAAGUUUCAGUGCCAGGACCAAUCAGACUUUUUACACAACUACAGUCUCCUGCAGACCAGCUUCAGGAAAACAGGUGUUACAAAAUCUAUUCCAGUGGAAGAGCUUGUCACAGGAAAAUUCAGGCCAAAUUUUGCCUUUCUAAAAUGGUUUAAGAAGUUUUUCCAAGCCAAUCUGAAUGAACAGGUUUACGAUCCAGUGAAGGCACGCUUUGGACAAGAGAUUGAACAUUCAACACCCCACCUAAAGAUAUCAAAACAGAUAUCAAAAACACUGAGAGGCGGCAACAGUUCUGGAAAAAUGAAGGAGGAUUCUGACACAGAUGGCGAAAAAAAGUCCUUUACCUAUGACCCCCAUUGGGAAGAAGCUCUAAAAUGGGUGAAGCCCAGCAGUCUGGGAAAUCUCUAUGCAUACUGCACAAUCUGUGACAUCAAUAUUAAUGUGCUGAACUCAGGACUGCUUGAUUUGAAAAGCCACCAGCAACGUAAAAAGCACAAGGCAUUGGCGAAGGGAAACCAGAUGGAUGACUCCUUCAUGUGUAGUGAACUAAUGCUGCACUUUAUUCAAACCCAUUGUCUUCCUGCAGAGACGAAUAAGAUCUCCCAGCGAAUUGCCAGGCAUGUUCUUGGAUUACAGUACCCAAAAGACAUUUCCUCUGCUGCUCAAAAGGUCCUGUACUGUCUCUACUUUUAUGGGAAUGUGGUACUAGAUAAAGAGAAUGAGAAUGGGAACCCUGCCUGUGUGGUACUUUUAGGGUUUUUUGACGAGAAGCCUGCAAAGCAUUGCAUACGAAUUGUUGAUGUUUUUAAUCGUUUAGACUCAGUAGACGCUGUUGUUGAAUCUUUAGUGGAUGUUUUCAAAAAGUUUGAGCUACCUGUGAGCAACAUGGUAGCUUUCUAUGUCGACGAUCAUGACGACAUGUCUGCAAAGGUUGCCCUAAAGCUGAAGGAACUCAACCCAAAAUCUGUGGCUCUUGGUGGACUUUAUAGCUUGGCGGACACAGCUUGCUUUUCUGCUCUUGGAAAAAACGUUCAACAGCUUGUUAUGAACAUUUAUCAACAUUAUUGUGCUUGCUCCACUAAAAAUGACAGUCUUAAAGGUCUGUUUACAGAUGUUUGUGGCCUUGACAGCUCUGUCCACUCUCUCUCAGGGGACUGUAAAACGUUUUAUCUUCUGAUUCACAGGAUGCUUGAAUUAUGGACAAACUUGACCUCAUACUUUACAUCCUGCAGUGAGAAUGAUGACCAGGCUAAACUCAUCAGCUCUCACUUAAGAAAUCCCAAAAUCAAGCUUGCUUUUAUGUUCCUAGACCACAGCCUUGGACCAUUGAAAACAUUUAACGAUCGCUUGCAAAGCCGUGAAGGUUCUGCUCGUGCAGAUCUUGUUCAGAUCCUUCGAGAAGCCAGUGGUCUACUACGCUCCUACGCUUCUACUUUUCUCCUUCCUCACGGUGUAGUACAAUUCCUGAAGAAACGUGACCCAGCCAUUCUUGAGAACUCUCAGUUACAUCUCCCAAGCACUGAGCUGAACUUCGGUGGCGCAGCAGUGGAUGAUUUUCUGGCUGAAAAUGAAGCCGAGCUGGCUGACUCACUGAAGGCUUUUCAGGACGACUGUACGUCAUUCUAUAAGACACUUACAGCCUGCAUUUCGGAACGACUUCCCUUAAGUGAUGGCAUCCUGAGAAGUAUGUCGCAGCUUUUGAGCCCAGACGGAAGGCUUAAGGUAAAAGGCAAGGCUGUAGAGGAUCUUGGUGAACUGUUUGGCCUCUUUACGACCCCAGAGGCAUCAGCUCAGCUCACAGAUGACUUUCUGGAGUACCAGCUUGUUGAGGAAGGAAAUGAUGAGGAGAAAUUGGAGAAUAGAAAAACUGAUGGUCAGUCUGGGACUACACUGGAGCUUUAUUGGAGCUCUGUGCUCAAAACCACUGGUCAAGCAUCUGUCUUCAGGAAACUUAUGCUCAGCCUUUUGGCUUUGCCCUGUCCACCUCUGGAUGCCGAGAAAGUGUUUAAUCAGGCAGUACAGAAUGGAGACAUUAGUCAGCUGGAUACGAGUUUAGAUGAUAGCGACAGUGAUGGUCCCAAAACAUUUGAAUCCACCAAUGAUGACUCGUCCUCAGAACUCACCAGUGCUAAGUCAACGCCAGUCAGACCCGAGAGGAAAAAGAAGAAGACACAAAGCGGGUCCGAAAUGGUUGACGGUUCAGCCUCUGUGAAGCCGUGCACGGUGCGACUGCAGAAGAUAACCACAGAGAUGGACAAGGUCAAGGAGGUGGCGAUGGAUGAGUAUAUACAGGAGAUGAAGGAUGAUGACGCCCCUACUGUAUCAAACAUCUCCACACCAAGCUCCAUGGCUGGAAAGAGAGUCAGAAUGUACCAGGAUGGGAAGGGUUUUGGUAUUGGAGAGCUGGUGUGGGGAAUGGUGAAGGGCUACUCUAAGUGGCCUGGUGUGGUUGUAGCCUGGAAGACGAAGAUGUCUCAAGCAUCCAUGAGACGUGUGAACUGGUUUGGAGAUGGCAUGUUCUCAGAGAUUUACACAGAAGGCCUUUUACCUUUCUCUGCAUUUACAAAGUGCUUUUGCAACGACUCCUUUACGAAACUACCUUUGUAUAAGGAUGCCAUUUAUGAGGCACUUGAGUUGGCAGGUGAACGUUGCACGAAGAAUUUUGCAUCCUUACAAAACAAAGAACAGGAGUUGAAGGCCAUGCUGGAUUGGGCUUUUGAUGGCUUUAAACCUACAGGUCCAGAAGGCUUUGCACCCCCAGAUGAUCCUUCAGUCAACCAAAAAAAUGAGUCUUCCGACUCCUCUGUGUCCGAUUAUCAACCUCCAUCUAAAAAGAAAUAUAACAAAGUCAGACGUACUACAACUCAGGAGUGCACCAGAGAGCAAAUGGUUGCUGAAGUGACAGAAAAAGGAAAAAACAUUGAAGAUUUCUGCCUUUCAUGUGGAAGUGCCAACAUUGAAACAUUCCAUCCACUUUUUGAAGGGAGCCUUUGUUUAAAGUGCAAGGAAAACUUUACAGAGACACUUUACAGAUAUGACGAAGAUGGUUAUCAAUCUUACUGCACUGUCUGUUGUGGGGGACUAGAGGUCAUGCUGUGUGGCAAUGCUAGCUGCUGCAGGUGUUACUGUAAGGACUGUUUGAAUGUCCUGGUAGGACCAGAGACCUUUGAUAAGCUGAAGGAGGUAGAUCCCUGGAGCUGCUACAUUUGUCUGCCUUCUAAGAAGUAUGGCGUGCUCAAGCUCAGACCAGACUGGAGUAAGCGUGUACAAGAGUUCUUCGCCAAUAACAGUGCCUUUGAAUUUGAGCCACACAGAGUUUACCCCUCGAUUCCUGCGCAACAGCGACGCCCCAUGAGGGUCUUGUCCCUCUUUGAUGGAAUUGCUACAGGCUACCUGGUACUGAAAGAUUUGGGCUUCAAAAUUGAGCGCUACAUUGCUUCAGAGAUCUGUGAGGACUCCAUUGCUGUGGGGAUGGUCAAACACGAGGGAAAGAUAGAAUAUGUCAAUGAUGUACGCACCAUCACCAGGAAACAUCUGGCCGAGUGGGGUCCGUUUGACGUUCUGAUUGGUGGCAGUCCUUGUAAUGACCUGUCUAUGGUGAACCCAGCAAGAAAGGGCCUUUUUGAGGGCACGGGGCGACUGUUCUUUGAGUACUAUCGCAUGCUGACCAUGUUGAGACCAAGGGAGGAUGAUGACCGUCCCUUCUUCUGGCUCUUUGAGAACGUAGUGGCCAUGAGUGCACGUGAUAAGGCCGACAUCUGCCGCUUUCUGGAGUGUAAUCCGAUCAUGAUCGAUGCUGUGAAGGUGAGUCCUGCCCACAGAGCCCGCUAUUUCUGGGGCAAUCUACCUGGAAUGAACAGACCGCUAUCCAUCUCACUUAAUGACAAAGUGGAUCUGCAAGAAUGCCUGGAGGUCGGGCGAACUGCUCAGUUUGAUAAAGUUCGAACCAUUACGACUAAAUCCAACUCCAUUAAGCAAGGGAAAAUGGGGCCUCUUCCUGUCACCAUGAAUGGCAAGGAGGAUUAUCUUUGGAGCACAGAAAUGGAACGAGUCUUUGGUUUCCCUAAGCAUUACACAGACGUGAAUAACAUGGGUCGAGGACAGAGGCAGAAGGUUCUUGGGCGUUCCUGGAGCGUUCCUGUCAUCAGGCACCUCUUCGCCCCACUCAAGGAAUACUUCACAUGCGAGUCUUAGUUAUCCUUCAGCCAUUUGCACUGUGAAACAUACCAGAGAUUCAGUAGGAAUGGA